UUUGUUAAAAGCUUACUGUAUUUUAUGGAUUAAGCAUUGCAUUAUAAGCUCAUACCAGCUGGAACUUAGACCUAACAUCAUCUUUCUGUGAGAAAACAGAUCUAAAUUACUGAUAAAAUAUUUCAACACUGUUAUUAAUUAAUUAUUAUACCAGUGCUGGUGAAUUCUCGUUUCUGAUUGAGCUCAGCUCAGACAAAGGCCCACCUCACAGCGAACUUUGUGGCUCACGUGGUGCUGCUGCUCUCUUUAAAUCGCAUCCCUACUUUCCAGCUUCUGCUUGAAAGCUGAUCGAUACACAGAGCCACAAGACACCACCGAUGAGAUGGCAUUACGGUUUGAAGCUUCCUGUCCUGAUGGUCUGUGUCCAGGAUGGAGCAUCAUUGUAAAAGGACAGUCUAGCUCACAAGCCAAUAAGUUUGAGAUCAAUUUCCUCUGUGAUCAGGACGACAGAAUAGCCUUUCAUUUCAACCCCCGGUUUACUGAAUCAGACAUAGUCUGUAACUCCUUCCUCACAAACCGCUGGGGGCAGGAAGAGAGAUGCUCCAACCUCCCGUUUGGCACCAAUGAGCCUUUUCAGAUCGAAAUUGACUCAGACGAUGACAACUUCCAUGUUUACAUUGAUGAAACAAAGAUCAUGCAGUAUAAGCAUCGCGUCAAGGACCUGAAGACCAUCACUAAAGUCCAAGUGGUGAAUGAUAUCAACAUCUCCUCUGUGGAGAUCAUCAAGAAACAUUUUUUCUAAAAUUGUAGAGGAAUGAAGGCUUAAAUCUUCCCUCUGGGAAGCAUAAACUGAAAUGAGCAUUUGCUUGUUUACAGUGGAUUAUUGUCUCUCUUGUGUUUUGUGUUGAUAAUUUUAGGAAUUAUAUAAUGAAUAAUGGUGA